AACACACACAGACAUAUAAAAACACACACUCUUUGUAUAAACAAUGGCUGUUGAUUCAGUGACGUCAUCUCCGUUAGGGCCGCCGGUGACGGAGAAAGAUGCUAAAGCUCUUCAGUUUAUUGAAGAGAUGACUAAGAACUGUGACAGUGUUCAAGAGAAUGUUUUGUGUGAAAUUUUGUCGCAAAAUGCUGAAGCAGAGUACCUUAAAAAAUGGAACCUCGGCGGCGCCACCGACCGGAAAACUUACAAGUCAAAGGUUCCGGUAGUGUCGUACGAGGAUCUCCAGCCGUACAUCCAACGUAUUGCUAAUGGAGACCGUUCCAACAUACUCUCCUCUCACCCGAUUUCUGAGUUCCUCACAAGUUCUGGGACAUCUGCUGGGGAAAGAAAGCUGAUGCCAACAAUUGCUGCAGAGAUGGACCGCAGGCAGAAACUGUAUAGUCUUCUCAUGCCUGUCAUGAACCUGUACGUGCCCGGUCUGGACAAAGGCAAAGGACUUUACUUCCUAUUCAUCAAAGCCGAGACCAAAACCCCAAGCGGGUUAGUAGCCCGACCCGUUCUCACAAGUUACUACAAAAGCCAACAAUUCAAAACCCGACCCUACGACCCGUACAACGUGUACACCAGCCCGAACGAAACCAUCCUAUGCGUCGACUCCUUCCAAAGCAUGUACUCCCAAAUGCUCUGUGGUCUUAUUUACCACAAACAAGUCCUCCGUUGCGGUGCGGUUUUCGCUUCGGGUCUCGUUCGGGCCAUCAAGUUUCUCACGCUAAACUGGCAACAACUUGCCAAUGAUAUUGAAACCGGGUACUUGAACCCGAAAAUAACCGACCAGGAUAUCCGGGCCUGCAUGUCGAAAAUAUUGAAGCCUGACCCGGCCCUGGCCCGGUUUGUUACGGGCCAGUGUUGUGAAGGGAAUUGGGAAGGGAUUAUAACCCGGAUUUGGCCCAAUACCAAAUACCUUGACGUCAUCGUGACGGGAGCCAUGGCUCAGUAUAUUCCGAUUUUGGAUUUUUACAGCGGUAAUUUGCCUCAAACGUGUACAAUGUAUGCUUCCUCCGAGUGUUACUUUGGAUUGAAUUUAACCCCCAUGGUAAAACCGUGUGAGGUGUCUUAUACCAUCAUGCCAAAUAUGGGUUACUUUGAGUUCAUCCCACAUGACUCGGUGUCUAACUCAGAUGACUCGGCGCCUCCGCUCGUUGACCUUGCUGACCUCGAGCUUGGAAAGGAGUAUGAACUCGUGAUUUCCACCUACUCGGGUCUCUGUCGUUACCGAGUCGGGGACAUUCUCCGGGUCACGGGUUUCCACAACUCCGCACCACAGUUCAAGUUCAUUAGAAGAAAGAAUGUUUUACUAAGUAUCGAUGCCGAUAAAACCGAUGAAACCGAGUUGCAAUUCGCUAUCGAAAAGGCUUCGGAGCUUUUGAAGGAAUUUAACACUGCGGUUGUGGAGUACACGAGCUACGGGGACACGAAAACGAUCCCAGGCCACUAUGUUAUUUACUGGGAGUUGUUGGUGAAAGAUCCGGGUCAUGGGCCGGGUCAGGAGGUGUUGGAUCAGUGUUGUUUGGCAAUGGAGGAGUGUUUGAAUUCGGUGUAUCGACAAAGUCGGGUUGCGGAUAAUUCUAUUGGUCCUUUGGAGAUUCGGGUUGUGAAGAAUGGUACCUUUGAGGAGUUAAUGGAUUAUGCAAUAUCGCGAGGCGCAUCUAUAAACCAAUACAAAGUUCCAAGGUGUGUUAGUUUCACACCUAUCAUGGAACUUUUGGAUUCUCGGGUCGUAUCGACCCAUUUUAGCCCGAAAGCGCCACACUGGGUCCCGGAACGACGCUUCUGAGCUAUUGAUGUUGUUAGCAACAAGAACAAAAUCAAAAAGGGGGGAUACUUUGGUUUGUCACUUAAAAGUGAUGGUGUAACAUGUAGGAUUAAGAAGUGAUGGGUGUAGUGUGUUGGUUUAAAGAGUGAUGGGUGUCAUAUGUAGGCUAAAAAGUGAAGGGUGUAUUAUGUAGGUUUAGAAAGUAUUGUAAGAAUUUGUGAUUUGUUGAAAUGCUGAUUUUUUUUUUUUGUAUGUUUUUCUUAGUAAUUUUAUCAUUGUGCUUUUAUUGAAAA